AGAGAUGGCGGAUCCAAACAAGGAAGGCGGUAGUGAAAGAGGCGAGCCUGAAGACAAGCUUGCGGACGAGGACGAGGACAAGCGGGCCAAAGACGAGCACAACAAGCUGGAGAAGGAGAGCGGGAAUGUGGCGGCCCCGAGCAGGAACGUGAAGCGGGGAAAGCGGCGUCAACCGUUGCAGAGCGGCUGGGCCCUGAGCGAGCGCCUGGCCAUCAACGUGUCGGGGAUGCGUUACGAGACGCAGCUGCGCACCCUCGCUCAGUUCCCAGAAUCUCUGCUGGGAAACGCCCGCAAGCGUCUCCGCUACUUCGACCCUGACCGGAAUGAGCUCUUCCUGGACCGGAGUCGGGUCUGUUUCGACGCCAUCCUCUACUUCUACCAGUCGGGCGGGAGACUGCGGAGGCCCGCCAACGUGCCCUUGGACAUUUUUAUGGAUGAGCUGCGCUUUUACGAGCUCGGGGAGGAAAUUCUGGACCGUUUCAAGGAGGACGAAGGCUUCCCGAAGGAGGAGGAGAGAGCUCUUCCCAGCGGUGACCUGCAGCGCCGCCUCUGGAUGCUCUUUGAGUACCCCGAGUCUUCCAGCGCUGCUCGCAUCAUUGCCAUCGUCAGCGUCAUGGUCAUCAUCAUCUCCAUUCUCAUCUUCUGCCUGGAGACCCUGCCCGAGUUCAGGAACGAGAAGGAACAGAGAGAGAGAUUUACCAGCAUCCUUCACCCAGCGGUGGCCAAUGAGAGCGUCUCAAACUUGCCGACCUUUACACCCUUCCAAGACCCCUUCUUCAUCGUGGAGACCAUCUGCAUCUUCUGGUUCUCCUUCGAGUUCAUCAUACGCUUCACCUGCUGCCCCAACAAGAUGCACUUCUUUAAGGACGUCAUGAACACCAUCGACUUCUUCGCCAUCAUUCCCUACUUCGUCACGCUGGGCACGGAGCUGGCCAAGGACAAAGGGACACAGCCCUCCGUGUCGCUGGCCCUCAUCAGGGUCAUCCGGCUGGUGAGGGUCUUCAGGAUCUUCAAGCUGUCUCGCCACUCAAAGGGUCUCCAGAUCCUAGGGCAGACUCUGAAGGCCAGCCUGCGUGAGCUCGCCUUGCUCAUCUUCUUUCUCUUCAUCGGUGUCAUCCUCUUCUCUAGUGCCGUCUAUUUUGCAGAGGUGGACCGCCCUGACACGGCGUUCACCAGCAUCCCCGAGGCCUUCUGGUGGGCUGUAGUGUCCAUGACGACGGUCGGCUACGGGGACAUGUACCCGGAAACGGUGGGCGGGAAGCUGGUGGGCUCCAUGUGCGCCAUCGCCGGGGUGCUCACCAUCUCACUGCCCGUGCCCGUCAUCGUGUCCAACUUCAGCUACUUCUAUCACCGCGAGAUGGAGCGAGUGGACACCACAGAGUACCAGCAUGUCCCCGCGUCCCUCUGGGAAAACGACAUGGAGGACGGCGGAGAAGAUGAUGAGGUGGGAGAUGAGGGGCCUGAGGACCCAGGAGAACACGCACCGCUGUACGAAAGGAACAGCAAAGCGGCGGGAGAUCUGAGCGGGAAUAACUUCCUCUUCAGAGAACCUUUGGUCACUCAGGUGUGACCUAACCAGAGAAAGAAAUCCUGGAGGUCCUAUACCU